AUAUGAAGACUUCUUUGCCCUUCUGGUUGUGUACAAUGUCAAUGUACAUCAUCGGAAUAUCAUCAACAUCUAGUGAUACAGUUGUUCAACCCAUUGUGGCCUUAGUUGGUGAUGACGUCAUCCUGCCUUGCACCCUGAGACACACAGUCAGUGCUGUGCAUCAGUCAAUAGAGUGGCAGAGACCGGACCUAACACCAAAAGAGGUCCAUCUUUACAGAAAUGAGAAGGACGAUCUUGUGCUCCAGAAUCCAGUCUUCAGCGGAAGGACGUCACUGUUUACAGAAGAACUAGAGAACGGCAACACUAGUUUAAAGUUGACCAGAGUGAAACUCUCUGAUGCUGGAAACUACACCUGUUACAUUCCACUGCUGAACCACCAGAAAACCAUCAUUCAACUCCUUGUUGGUGAGUCAACACACCUGCUGACCAUCCAAACCCCCUUAAGAGACAGAUCUCAUGAAAUCAGGGGUGCUGUGUCCAGACCAGUUAUCAUCAUUGGGGGAAUGGAAGGCGAUGAGGUGGUCCUGCGGUGUGAGGCUGAAGGCUGCUACCCAGAGCCUGUCAUGGAGUGGUUUGACGCUCAGGGACGUGUCCUCCCUGCUGCUGGACCUACAGAGACGUCCAGAGACCGUGAAGGCUGCUACACUGUGACAAGCCAUGUCACCGUCCCGAACUCUGACAACAACACCUUCACCUGUCGCGUUCAACAGUUGGAGAUCAAACACAUGAAGGAGAGACAGGUUCAUGUUCCAGAUCAAAUGUUUCCUAGGACGUGUCAUUCCUGCUGGCUGACAGUUCUUGUCAGUUCUUGUCACAGUUCUUGUUGAGGCUGUAGCUGGAGGUCUCUACCUGUUGAUUAAAAAAAGGGAUAUUGACCUUCAGAAAGGAAGCGUGGACGUCAGUAAUGAAGAACAAGGAGACGACGAAGAAUGAGGAAGAUGAGACCAGUGAAUCCCAGUCUGUCAUUGGUUUAGAUGAUGUGAAAUGAUCUAUAAUAAUAGUUCUAUAUGCCAUUUAACAGACAUGUUUGGAUAUAUAGGAAUAUGCAUGGCUAUAUGACACUGUUUUUACAUAUUUCCUUUGGGGUCUAGAGAUUUAGGUAAAUCAGCCUUUGGUUUCGAUGCCUUAGCCUACUGCGCCACCCUGGAGGCCCCCUAUAUGCCAUUUAACAGACAUGUUUGGAUGGUCCCAGGAAUCAAACCCACUAUCCUGGAGUUACAAGGACCUUAACUAUGAUUACAUAGGAAUAUGCAUAUAUUUACAUUUUAGUCAUUUAGCAGACGCUCUUAUCCAGAGCAACUUACAGGAACAAUUCGGGUUAAGUGCCUUGCUCAAGGGUACAUUGGCAGACUUUUCAUCUUGUCAUCUCAGGGAUUUUAACCAGCGACAUUGGUUACUGGCCCCACGCUCUUAACCACUAGUCUACCUGCCACUCCAUAUAUGGCAGUGUGUCAGAAGCAUUAGUUCUUUAUAUUAGACAUCUUUGUGUCAGAAGCAUUAGUUCUUUAUAUUAGACAUCUUUGUGUCAGAA